CUUGAAUGGAGAGGAUUUUAGCACCUAGGGCUGAGCCAAUAAACCUCUGCCAUCCCCAUCCCAGUGGGAACUGUUUGCACACGCUCCAGGAGCUGCUUAAAGCAGGCGGGAGAUGGAGAGUGAAUAGGAGCAAGGAUGAUGGGGGAAGAACCCCCUUCACCUGGUGAGCCCGUGAGCAGAUAGAUCCCUAUAGCACUGCCAGGGGGGCAGCAGUGGGGAAGGUGCCCCAGAAGAUGCUCUGUCCUGCACAGCCUGGGGCUGGCAGCGCUCCUCCAGCUCAGCAUCCCUGAGGUCCAUCCCAGUGACACGGCGGGACCAUGGAGACGUCCAUUCCCGAGGGAGGGAUCACAGCACUUCUCCUCUGCUGCUGUCUGCUCAGCUCUGCGUGGGCUCUGGUGGACCCCGACGAUGUUCUCACAAAGGAAGAGCAGAUCUACCUCCUGGUGGAAGCCAAGGAGAGAUGUCAGAGGGACAUAAAAGCCCAGCUGGAGAUGAUCCAAGACACCAGCUGCCUUCCUGAGUGGGAUGGGAUCAUCUGCUGGCCAAAGGGCUCCCCCAGCCAGGAGGUGUCGGUGCCCUGCCCUGACUACAUCUAUGACUUCAACCAUCGAGGUCGUGCCCACCGGUACUGCAGCUCCUCGGGGACCUGGGCCGUGGCUCUCAGCAUCAACAAGACCUGGGCCAACUACACCGAGUGCGCUCUGCUCUUCUCCUCCGAGAGCCGGAGCCGUGAGAAGGUGACUUCGCUCCCUGGGAAUAGGGCUUGGGAGUGUUCAAGGCCAGGUUGGAUGGGGCUCGGAGCAGGCUGCCCUAGUGUGAGGUGUCCCUGCCCGUGGAACUGGAUGAGCUUUAAGGUGCCUUCCGCCCCAAACCAUGCCAUGGUUCUGUGGUUCCAGGAGGUGUUUGACCGCCUGCACCUGAUGUACACCAUCGGCUACUCCAUCUCCCUGGCCUCCCUCAUUGUCGCUGUCUGCAUCCUCUUGUACUUCAAGCGCCUGCACUGCACACGCAACUACAUCCACGUCCACCUCUUCACCUCCUUCAUCUGCCGGGCGGUGAGCAUCUUCGUGAAGGACACGGUGCUCUACUCGGGCACCCUGGCCACGGAGAUGGAGAGGAUGCGGGAGGAGGACUUCAGGGCAGAAAUGGGUCCUUCACCAGGACAUCGGAGCCAGCUGGUGGGCUGCAAGGUGGCAGUGACUCUCUUCCUCUAUUUUCUGGCCACCAACCACUACUGGAUCCUGGUGGAAGGGCUCUACCUGCAUAGCCUGAUCUUCAUGGCCUUCCUCUCCAACAAGAGCUACCUGUGGGUCCUCAUCAUCAUCGGCUGGGGUCUCCCUGCUGUGUUCGUGUCCAUCUGGGCCAGUGUCAGGGCCUCCCUGGCUGAUACACAGUGCUGGGAUCUCAGUGCAGGGAACAUGAAGUGGAUUUAUCAGGUCCCCAUUUUGGCUGCCAUUGUGGUGAACUUCUUCCUCUUCCUCAACAUCGUCCGGGUUCUGGCCUCCAAGCUCUGGGAGACGCACGCGGGGAAGCCGGACCCCCGGCAGCAGUACAGGAAGCUGCUCAAGUCCACGCUGGUGCUGAUGCCGCUUUUCGGAGUCCAUUACGUGGUGUUCAUGGCCAUGCCCUACACCGAAGUCUCCGGGGUCCUGUGGCAGAUCCAGAUGCAUUACGAGAUGCUCUUUAACUCCUCUCAGGGUUUCUUUGUGGCUUUUAUCUACUGCUUUUGUAAUGGGGAGGUGCAGGCAGAGAUCAAGAAAGCCCAUUUUCGGAGGAGCCUGGCGCUGGACUUCAAGCAGAAGGCUCGUGCCACCAGCACAGUGGGGAGCUACUGCUAUGGGGGGCUGAGCUCCCACCCCACCACCAGCUUCAGCACCAGCCUGGGGGGGCGAGGAGCAGGGAGCACCCAGCAGCGGGGGCUGCUGCUGCCGGCCCGGGCCAGCCUCCCGGGCUGUGUCCCCAGCUCCUUUGCCUCCGAUAACUUUGUGCCCUGUGGGACCCAGGAGAUGAGCCAGAGACCUGGGGGGGGAACCACAGGGGAUCCAACAGACCUGGAUCAGGGUCACCCCAACCUCAACAAAGAGCUGGAGACGAUGCUGUGAAGCGAAUGGGGGGUUUCCCUUCUGGGCAUCCAGCUGGGACUGGGAAGAUGCUGAUCCUCACACUUUCAUGCUUGCACAGAGCUGAGAUAGGGAACAAUCCAGUUCCCUUCCCUCACAGGCAGUGUGCAAAGGGACCAUGUGGCUCUUUCUACCUACCUGGUCUAUAAAGGAGUAGCCGGUUCCAAACCUCAUUUCCUUCCACACACCAGUGACUGAUGUACGUGAUGUCUGUGCAUGCAAAGCCUUGAAUCACCCCCAGGAAAUACCUCAAUGGUCCAGAUGGUGAUUUCAGCUCCAGUGUGUAUAAAGCUGAUUCAACAAGCCCAUAGUCUGACUCCCCAGUGUAGCAUCUAGAUCGUACAGCCUGGUGCUGUGUAGAGCUGUUCUGCAGCUCAUCCUGCCCUUAACCGCAUCCUUGUGCAGCUCACAGCUGUGGUAAAGCAGGAACAGGGAGCAUGAGGAUGCUGCAGCAGAUCCCAGCAUCCACUGGGAUCAAUGGGCUCAGGCACCAGGCCAAGCUGCAUGGGCUGGGAUGGGCACAGGGCAAUGCUGGGUCCACCCUUGUCUUUCCAGCACCAUCAUCCAUGAGCACAUGGGCUACUGCAUGCGAAAGGCUCAGCCCUCUGCUCUUGAAAGUGAAUGAAGACAUGGUCUGUGUGGCUUGUUCCCAUCCCUGAACUCCAUCAGGUACUCGGUGGUUGCUGGAGGGCAGUGGAGGGUGCCAAGGGCUGGAAGCACAUCCAUGGUGGCAGCAGCCAGA